UCCAGGGCUGCUUUUCCAGAGGGGGAAGCUGGGAAGCCUCCCAACCCGCAGCCAUGCCCUGCAAGGCGCUCGCCGUCUGCCUCUUGGGGCUCUUGGCGCUCUCCUCCGCUUGCUACAUCCAGAACUGCCCCAUCGGGGGCAAACGCGCCGUCCUGGAUAUGGAUAUCAGGAAGUGCCUGCCCUGCGGCCCCAGGAACAAGGGCCGCUGCUUCGGACCCAACAUCUGCUGCGGCGAGGAGCUGGGCUGUUACCUGGGCACGUCGGAAACGCUGCGGUGCCAGGAGGAAUCCUUCCUGCCCACCCCCUGCGAGGCCGGACACAAACCCUGCGGCAGCAGCGGAGGGACCUGCGCGGCCCCCGGCAUCUGCUGCGGCACCGAGGGCUGCCUGGUUGACUCAUCCUGCGACCAAGAGACGCUGUUUGCAUAGAGCACCCCGGGGAGAAGAAUCCCUGCAGGAUCCCUUAUCCAUCACUGCAGCAGC